AGUCGGCGCGCUAGCGGGGUUGUGGUCGGGCGGGACAGGUGAAUCACAGCUGGAGUGAGACAGGUGACAGGUGACAGGUGAACCUGUGAGCUGCGAUACGGUGGUCACCAUGAGUGAACGUGCGUGUGAGACGGUCUCGUGAGACCGAGAAAGAGAGAGGGAGGAAGUGUGAGUGCGAGUGGCGUGCCUACACAGGUCAGUCAGGCCCCGUUAUGUCGAAGGCGGAGUGCAGGAAGUUUUCUCCAAACAUCUUCAACAAGCAGAAAUGCGCCAGCUGUUUCAAGCACAAGGAGGAACAUUCGGCGGCGGCUUUGGAUUCAAAUCGGGCGUCCCGAAAGGUCCAGCGGUGCGGGUUUCUGUUCGUGGCACCGGACUGGGACUUCAGUAACCCGUUGAACAGAACUAAGCGCUGGCAGCGUCGGUGGUUCGUGCUUUACGAUGACGGAGAGCUCACCUACUCCGUCGAUGACCACCCGGAGACGGUGCCCCACGGCGUCAUCGACAUGUCCAAGGUGCUGGAGGUCGCCGAUGCCGAGGACGUCACCGGCAACAGCUACAGCGUGGCCCUGACGGCACCCGACCGCGUCACCUUCAUCAAGGGAACCUGCAGGGAUGAGUCUCGCUGGUGGAUGGAUGCGCUGGAUGUCUACACUACGGCCAUGGUCAAGGGCCGAAACAAACGAAACGCCACCUUCCCUGGCGGAAGGGCCAGCACUCAUUCUUCUGCUACCACCCGAGAAGCAUCAGGUGCCGAGCCGUUCCAAACACCCCCCGUCAGCCGACGACGUCUGAUGAGUUGUCAGUCAGAGCCUGUCGCCCGGCCCCCUGCCCAGCCCCCUCCGAGGGAGAGUAGACCCUCGGUCCAGCCUGCAGCUAAAGAGAAUCGACCACCGGCCAGUGAGCCUCUACCGGUUCCGGGGGCGGCUCAACCAGCCAAUGACGCGGACCCGCUACCGGCCUCCUCCGAGUCUCCGCCGACCCAGGACCGCUGUCGGACCCGACGACUUGCCAAACUGGCCCGUCAGACCCGACAGGGACGAGCCAAGUCGGCCGAUACCAUCGCCGAAAUACUCAGCACCAGCCGCUCCAGCCAGAAUUUCCUGAAUGAAGAGGAGCAGCCUCAGAGGAUCACGGACAGCCUGGACGCGACGGACUCUAGCGGUUCUGCGAGACUGACAUCUACCGGCAAACAAGAGGACGGCGGUGACCUGGCUGACUACUCGAGUCGGCGGGAGGAGAAGUUGAAGGACAUCGCUGACUCUCUGACUCGACCCAGGCCCACUCGGACUCUCUCCUUCCUGCAGAGUAUAGAGCACAGCAAGCUUCAGUCAGCUGACGAGAAGCCGACUCGGGAGAACGACGACGAUUCGUCGGUGGGUCGGUCCGCCACCCCACCGUCCGAUGUCGUCAUUGGCACCGACAGACCCGACGCCGGUGACGCUGUGGUCGGCGGCGGCGACACAACGGAGCUGCGGGUCAACCUGCCGGCAGAGGAACUGCUCAGGAUCAAAAAGGGAUGGCUGAUGAAGCUCACCGAGAAAAAGACGUGGGCCAAACACUGGUUCGUCCUGAGAGGCACCUCGCUCAUCUUAUACCGAGACACGGGAGCGGAGGACCUCAAUGUCACCGACGGCCUCAUUGACCUGAACGGCGCACAGUGGGUCGAGGAGUGUGAGACUGAGAAAAACUACGGCUUCCAGAUCACGACGUGGGACGGAACCCGUAUCCAGCUGUCAGCAAUGACCUCCGGGAUCCGCGGAAACUGGAUCCAGGCGCUGCGGAGCGCCGCCCACCUGUCUGACUCGGACCACCGUCUGUCGCUGGGGGAGCGGCUGGAGCGGCAACUGGACACGGCCAGGCGCCCACUGUAUACCACCGCCGAGCGCGACACAGCGAUGGUGGCGCCGUCUAGCGGCCGCCAGGCGGCGCCACAGUCUACCGACUCCUGUCGAUCGGCCUCUGAGAGUUCUGACGGCAGUGGUGGGGAGCGGGCCGAUAAGAUUUCCGACUCACCGCCAGAAUCACUGGGGUCACUGACUCGAACCAAAGAUCGGGUUCGCUCUCGCUCCUCCAGCAGCUCUCGCUCCACCAAGCGGUCUCGUUCCUCACCAGACGGAUCACGGAGCAGCACCCUGGAUCAGUUCCCGACUCCUGAGGAGCUCGGAUCACCUGUAGAGACCCCGACUGAGUCAGCGGAUCAGGAGGCAAUGCAGGGUGUAAAUGUUGAAGGAGAGCAGCAACAAGGGCAGCAACAAGGGCAGCUACAAGAGCAGCUAGCAGGGCAGCUUCAACAGGAGUGUGAAGAGAAGGAAUCUCAGCAGCGAGUACCGCUGUCGCAGAGACAACAUGAGCCGUUGCAGCGACAACAUGCGCCAUUGCAAAGAACAGACAAUCGUCAGCAACAGCAGCAGACUCAGCGGCUGGGAACAACCGAGCAGGAAGAUCAACCUAAACAGCAGGAGGAGGAACAUCAACAGCAAGAGCAGCAGCAAGGUAAUCUUCAGCAGCGGCAAGAGGAACAACAAAAGCAGCAGCAGCCGAAGCAGUCCACAGUGGCUGAAGUGUCGCCUUUCAGACGUUCCUGGGGACUCGGCAGGGAGUCUCUCCGCUCGUCUCUGCGCUCGGAUAGUCUGUACUCGGGCCGACUGGAGGACAACAGGGAACCGUUCACUGCUGGCCUCGACCGGUCCAAGCUGCGCUCUUCCCUGCGCACCCUGCCCACCGAGCCGUCUACCGGUGGCCACGACCCGGUGUUGAGUCGACUCCGUCAACGUAUCGCCGUCCUAGAGGCCGACAGAUCCGAGGCCGAACGCCAAGCUCGUCGAGCGGUCGCAGAACAGGCUGGACAUGCUACAGAGCUAGCGGAAUGGCGUGGACGUGCCUCCUCGCUAGAACAUCAGCUGAGUCAGCUACUUCAGCGGCUGCAACAUCAGGAGAGGCAGCUGGCGGAGCAGACGGACCAGGUUCAGCAGCUUCAGCAAGUAGAGAGGCGAUACCACCAGCUGCUGAGGCAGUAUGAUGAACUCCAGGCGAGCAGAGCUGCUGUGGAGGAUGGUGAACAAUGGCGGAGACAUUACGAAAGACUUGAAGAACGCUACCUCAGCGAUCACGCUGAUUGGGAGAGACAGUUGAAUGAAGCCGAACAACGACUUCAUGAGCUGCGACAGAAGAGUGACGCACAUGCAGAGACAGAUCGUAGCGUGCAUCAGUUGACGGCGCAGCUACGUCAGGCAGAGACGCAGCUUCGUCAGCUAACUGAUCAGCUGGAGGCAUCGCGGCAAGGACGCCAACAAGAGGUUGCCGGACUACGUCAAGAAGCUACUGUUCGCGAGACAGAAAUGCGUCGACUCAAAGCCGAGCUAGAGGCACAACAGAGUACUCGAGAUGCCAUCAAGCAGGACAAGUCAGAAGUGUACAAGCUGAAAGAUCUGGUGCAUGAGUUGAGGUCACUGCUGGAAGACAGAGCGUCGGAACUAGAAAGGCAGAGGAAGGAGGCAAAGGCAGCUCGUCAGGAGCUUACCGAAGCACGUCAGGAGUUGGCCGAAGUUCGUCAGGAGAUGGAGUCGGUUCAGGCAAGACUCCAACAGGGCAUUGAGGAGAAUGAGACUCUGUCUGCUCGUGUCAGAGCCCUCAGCGGACAGCGGGGUCUAUCAAGAGCGGGGAGUACUUCUUUGGGUACCUCCCGUGAAAGGAUGUCCUCACGACGCCAGCUCCAGAUCGCCAGUAUAGCUUCUUUGAGCGACUUGACUGCUGGAGUCACCACUGAUACCGACAGCCUCGGCCGCGACCAGCUACAAGACGAAUACUCAGCACUACUUGAUAGAUUCGACAAGGCCGUAGCGGAAAUUCGAGCUCUCAAACGUCAACUGCGGGAGCUGCAGGGUCAACAAGAUCAAACUGAGCUAGAAACGGCUCGGUUGAAGCAGCAGCUAGAAAACAGGAAUGAAGCCCAGGCGGCGGAAGCAGCCCUGAUGAAGGACAGACUUCAGGACUUGACCGCCAAGCUGGCUACAUCUGAAAAACAAGCGCGUCAGCUGAAGCAAAAGUUGGCCAAGGGCGAUGCCAGGGAUCGACGCAGGACAUCUUCUCUGAAGGGUCGCGAAUCUUUCAGCAUCCCUGCUGAACUGGAGACCAAGCUAUCAGAAUUGGAGAAGCGUGUGGCUGCCUGGGAUGGCAAGACUGCGAUCGAAGCAAAGCCCGCCAGUGGUAGUGCCUCUCAGGCUUCUAACACCUCCGAUCAAGCCACUACAAGCGUUCGGUCAAGCCAACCAGACGCCGCCGCCGCCACAGGCUCAGGCACAGCCGAACCAGCCCGUGCGCGACGCUCUCGAAGUUUCGAGGAAUCCACCAAAGCCUGGCGACUUCGUCGGAAGAGUUUGGACUCUGCCACAGCUUCGGACUCUCUAAAAGUAAUAAUGCGUGUUAAUUCGCUAGAACAGCGAGUGGCAGCGCGUAACACCAAGUCGCCCUCGCCUCCGCGUCGCUCGCCAGCUCCGGUGAGGAAGGUUUCACCUGCUCCGGUGAGAAAGGUUCGAGCGAGGUCGGCAGAACUGAGGCCGGCCUCUCCCGACCGUCCGACCGGAGAGCUGAGGACGAGACUGAGAAAACUGGAGAGUCUGGUGCGCCAAGUUCGUGAACAACUGGAGACUUGUGUGGGCGAGCUGCAGGCUACCGAAAUACCAGAGAUAUCCUCGGUGUGUGGCCGUCUCUCGGAUACCGUCUCUCUUCUCUCCGGAGCUCGCCUUCAGCCCAGCGACGGUAUUCGCGCCGUGGUCGAGCGCGUUCGGCAACUCCUACUCCGCAAAGCCCACGAGCAGGCUCAGGCUCAGGCGCAGCUAAAAGCGGCGCGGCGGUGGACGGCUGCCGAAAGGCGGCGGCUUUCGGCAGAGAGGCUGGCUUACCAGACUGUGGUGUUGGCGUGUCUGGCUGAGGCGCUACAGGCGGCUGGGAGACCAGCUCCGUUUGAGCGGAGACUGAGACUGCAGCUACUGUUGGAGACACAUCGGAGAGUGGGGACGCUGAGGCAUCGUCUAACUACCGGAGAAGGCGUGGAGAAUGUCUCUAGUGGGAUGGUGGAGGCGUUCUCGUCGCUCCUGGCCGAACACCUCGGCUCCUUGGAGGAGUCGGCGGCGCUGCUCCGUCCCACGGGAGCCGGGACGGGAGCCGGAGCCGGGGGGAGCUCGGCUCCUGCGCGGAGGACUCCGGCGGUACAACAGGACCGACAGCUGAGGCGACUGCAUCACAGCUUGCUUAAACAGGAGUCCGAGGUGACAGCGGCAGUGACGGCCUUCAAGACGGACAAGCUGUCCCGCCUUGCCGAGUCCCUGGCUGCUGAGACGCUGCUGGGCGGUCAGCAGCCGCCAGCUGACGACGAUCAGCUGCUGGAGGAGGAGAAGGUUCGAGACGCCUGGAACAUGGCCCAGAACACCAUCACAGAGGAGAUGGUCGAAGCCGAAAUGUCGACCAUGAUGCUCAAGUUCGUGGAGCUAUACGAGCGAGACUUGGAGGUGGACAGACAGCACUGCUUCCUGCUAGUUCAAGCGCAGCAGCAGCUGGCCGAGCGCAGGUACACGGUAGCCACAGACAGCCUCCGAGCUGAAAUGGAGGAGGCGGUCAUGGCGCUCAGUCAGCGCUACGAGACGGCGCUGGCGCGUCUGAGGGCGGCGCCGGAACCGCCGCCGCCCCCGCCGGCUGACCAGUCGGAUAGACUUCUGGCGGAGCUGGCGGACGUGGUGGCUCAGAAGGCCAUCGUCGACGGCUACCUCUCCGUGAUCAGCGACGAGGACGAAUCCGGCUCAGACGCUACUCUGGAGAUUAUCGAGGAGGACCCGGCCGGGGACCGCGCCGUCCCCCUGGACACCAGUCUUCAGCGGGACAGCGCCCUGGCCGUGUUCUUCGGAGAGGGCGCGUCGGCGAGCGACCAGGCCGAGCUGCAGCAUCUCUACCGCGCCGCCGUGGAGCGCUGCCGGGGCGAACUAUCCGACUACGGUGUAGCCAUCCCGGCCGGUCAGACUCUGGAUGAGUUCUGUGAGAGGACACAGGAGACGGUGGCGGCCGUACGGGCAGAGUGUACCGCGCAGCUGCAGCAGGAGAGGAACAGGCAUAAGGAACAGGUUCGCUCCCUGGAACGCGAGCUCGACAGUCUUCGCAAAAGCCGGCUGCGCCCUCGCAGCGUCGACAAGAGCCGCCGCCGCGUCUCAGACAUUACGGGCAUGGUGGCUAGUGCAGAGCUGGAAACAGCCCCUCUUGGGGUCAUACGUCAAGAAUUGACACAGGGAUCUAGCACUGUUAGCGUUCCAGCAUCUGCCGAAGAACCUUGUCGGCAAUGCGAAGAGCUUCGCGCACGUACUGAAACGCUUUCCAGUGAACAUACCUCAGAACUAAAGGCUCUGCGCAAGGUACAAGACGCCGAACUGGAACAACUGAGACGCGAGAUGACUUCUGAGGUCAACAAGGUCACAGCUACGUAUGAACGCGAGAAGGAAGCACUAGCGAGUGAAGUUCGCCUUCUUCGACGACGUUUAGAGAGCCUUGAGACGGAGUAUGAGACGCAGCUCUCUAGUCUGCGUGGGCAGUAUGAGAGGACAGCAGGGGAAGGGGCGGAGAAGCCUCACGAUGACGCGCUGGCAGAGGAGAGCAUUCGGAGACGCUAUCAGGCCGAGAUCGAGCAGCUACGGGCGUUGUGUGAGAAGGGCCUCGUCGCCAUGGAGAACUCUCACCGUCGUAUCAUUGCCGAUCUAGAGGAGAAGCACCACCGCGAGCUGCGAGCCCUGGAGGCAGAGAAACAGCAGGCGCUGGCAGAGGAGACGCAGGCUACACUGGCUGCUCUGGACGCCCUCCGAAAGGCACACGAAACUGAGGUGCAACGAGAGAUCUGUAAGUUCAAGGAUGAGUUCAUCAAGAAGAUGCAGCCCACGCUCGAUGUCGGCAAACUUCAAAAAGAGCAUGUUGCGGAGAUGGGCGACAUCAAGGGUGAGAUCCUCAGUCUGAGUGAGAAGUACAGCAUCAAGUGUCUGGAGACGGCCUCACUCGAGGAGAAGGUGGAGACUCAGACCCGGAGCCUUCAGGAGGCCAACCAGCGCGUCUUCCAGCUGGAUGCCAGGAACAAACAACUGCGGGCUCAGCUCUCUGCCAACAUAUCCGAACUGUCUGAGGGUAACAGCGCAGCCGGGAAACCCUCAGCCGGUCAGCAGCUGGCUCUAGCCCGCAGUCAGCUGACAGAAACCCGUGAAGAGGCUCAGAGGCUGCAGCAUCAGCUGGAGAGCACUCAAAAGCGCGAGGCGGAGCUUACGGCGUUGUGCGGUCAGCUGUGCUCUUACCUUCGUGCCGAGCGUCAGCUUCGUACCGAUGAAGUCAGCUCGCUUCGGGCAAGGCUAGAACAUGUCGUUCUCACGGCUUCGAGAUGUCAACAAGGGUCGCGGGUCAGCGCGCACGGCAGCGGGGGCUCUUCAGACGCGGAGGAGCAGCCGCCGCGUCUCAGGAGGGGCGCCAGCCUCAACCCGGCCAGAAUCCGAGAGCUGAUGCGGUCUCCCAGCUGCCCGCGACUCACGGGCUCUGUCCUGUCAGCGGCGGCUCUCGGCGGUCGCCUUUCCUCGCCUCUCUCCGGAAUGGUGGCCUCUCGCAAAAAGGUGUUCGAGACGCCGACUCCCGACAGCGGCCGCCAGACUCAGAGGAUCUGAGGCCUCAGCUCCGACCUGAAGCGAUCGUGAUCUGGAUUGAUCAUGGCUCCGCAACUACCAAUCUUCCUGUUACCGUUGAUCAAUGAUCAGGAUUCUAUGCUAGUGCUGUCAUCGGUAAUAGCUCCGCAUUCGUGCUGUCACCGAGGGUGCUAUUUCGAAGAACCGCGCUAUGUUUUAGCGCAUGUUUAUAGGUGUCGCUGGUGUCGCUAAAAGAGGGCGCUGGCGCCGAUUAAAGAUGGCGCGGGUGUGUCGGCUCUUCAGCCGAGAGUAAGAGUUGGUCCAUGAAUGUCCGUAUGUGUGCAUUCUGGAGCGGUUGAAUUUGUCCUUGAUAGUAUGAAGCCUCAUUUUCCCCACCUGCUACCUAGUGGUGGCACCAUGCAAUAACAGUAGCUGGCGACCUCAAGGGUCGACCAAAUCGCAAAUACCAGCAGAGACUUAAUUGCUCAACGUGAUUACAGGGGAAAGGCGAAUGCUAGAAGCUGGCUGGUUCCUGCGGUGUAUGUGUGUGCGUGUGUGUGAUUGUUUUUGUCUGCUAUCAGAGCCUUAGUGAUGGAUGAAUGCCUGGGAGAAAUACUUUGCUGCAAAGCUCACUGACAAUACAUAAGCUAAUAUUUACUUCUGACAAUAUUUUGUAACAAAUAUACAAUUUCUCUGAUGCA